CGGAAGUUUGCCAUGGCGGGCAAUGGAGACGUGUUAAACGAAACUUUAUCUGUUAAUAAGAAUUCAGUCAGCUAUAGUACACAUGCUUGUAAAUUAUUAAGGGCCCUUAAUGAAAGUAGAAAAGAUCCAAGUUCAUGUGAUGGGAUAAUGAUCUUUAGAGAUGGUCGAGUUCCUAUACAAAGAAGCGUAUUGGCAGCAGCUUGUCCGUAUUUCAGGUUGCUAUAUGCAUAUAGCCAAGAAGAUACUGGUUCAGCAAUAGCUCAAAGGGCUGCUGAAGUUGAAGUGAAGGAGCUAUCUUGCUGCACAUUUGAGCAUAUCCUGGACUACAUUUACACUGCAGAAAUUGAGCUGAAUGUUGAAAAUGUGCAAGACAUUUUACAAGCUGCUGAUAUUUUUCUUAUUGAAGAACUAAAACAGAUAUGUGGUGACUUUCUGGAACAAAAUAUAAACUUGCAAAACUGCAUAGGCAUCUGGGCAUUUACGGAGCAGUUCUCCUGCCCCUGGACUCACCAUGUGGCAGAGCAGUUUAUUCAUAUGAAUUUCAGCCAAGUGUGGCAUGGUGAAGAGUUCCUAACACUGACAUUUGAACAACUUGCCCAGCUACUGAAGAGAGAUACUCUGGCGGUCAGUACUGAGCAGGAAGUAUGGAAUGCAACAUUGCAGUGGGUAAAACAUAUGGAUGAGCGACAAACACACCUGGAAGAGUUAAUGGCCACCUGUCUUAGACUUUGUCACCUAUGCCCAAGCAUGGUUCUUAGCGAACCUCUUGUGAAGCUGACUAACAAGAAUGCAGCAUUCAAAGAGUUGUUCAUAAAGUGGGAGCACAUGAAAAUACAGAAGACAGAGGUGAAUCGGUCCCUUAAUCGAGGUCAGGGAAAGCAAGUGUUCAUUGUUGCUGGUGGCAGUGCAGAGCCUUACAGAAAAAUGAAAAGUCAAGAGUCUGUGAACAGGAUGAACCAGCUUCUUUCUAGCGUGUACUGUCUGAAGCCAGCUCAUCCAUGUCGAAAUGAGGGAGCAGCCUGGAUUCCUCUGGCAGACAUGCUUCAUCCUCGGUUUGGUCACAGUGUCAUCCAAGCAGGAAAGUAUAUGUACGCAGUGGGCGGUAUGACACAUGGAAACGACAUGGCUCAUGUACCACUCCUAGCUGUGGAGCGGUAUGACCCGACCGAAAACAAAUGGAUUGAAGUGGCAUCAGUUAAGCACCCACGAGUACGCUGUGGACUGGUUUCCAUUAAAGAAGAGCUGUUUGUUUUGGGUGGCGAAUUCCCACACAGCGGCGAUCCUGUGCCUUACAUUGAAGUUCUCAACAUCUUUAAGAAUACUUGGCAGGAGGUGGGCCUGAUCGCUGUGCCACGAAGCGGCGCUGCCUACGCCGUUACCAAUGAAAACAUUCUGAUGAUUGGCGGAUUUAGCAAUGGCAAGUUCUACGAGUCGGUGGAGAGGUACGAGCCACGUUCGGACUCGUGGUCCCCGAUGCCCGCCCUGAAGGAACGCCGCUGCAAUGCACAUGCGGUGACAGCUCCAGGCAGUGGCAGCAGCGUGUACGUGAUUGGCGGCUGGCGACCGCACUGUCCCAGCACGACACACCAGUGCCACAUGAAGCUCUGUGAUAUUGAGGUGUUGAGCAGUGAUGGUUGGCAGAAGAUGGACAGUCGCUCACAGAUGUGCCUGAUGCAGAAGUCGGACGUGUUCGGCAUGGCUAUGCUUGGAGACCGGCUGGUUGUGGCCGGGAAGCUAAAUCUCGGUCACGGCAACCACUACCUACGCAUGUACCACCAGCCGUCUGCUACCUGGCACAGCUUGAUGGUGGCGCCACCUAUACCGCAGCCUAUGCAUGCAGCAGUCUGCUCACUGCAAGUACCAAAUACCCUGCUCAACUUGUGAGUCAGGUGUGACACAAUUCGUGAUACAAAUUACGCACGUUGUGAUCAAAUUGAUGCGCUUGACUGAAAUUAUGUACACUUGCUGUCUAGCUUUUGUUUCCGCUGCGUAGAAAAUGGUAAUAUGAAAUAAUGUGAUAGUAUGGUAAGCGCCAUAGCUUGUAAGAGAUAAUUUCAUCAAUACAAAUAAAACAAUCAGCUUUGAUUGAGUAGCUAAAUUCAACAGUAUUGAUUACACAUGUGGUAGUAUCAUUUGUUUGUGUUGUGAAGACCAGGAAAAUACUGCAGGCUAAUGUAAUGUAAAAACUUUGCUUUUAACUACAUGUUUUCACGUGUAAUCUUAUUUUGAAAUAUUUGCUAAUGUAUUUAAGUAUUUUAUUGUAAACGAACCACGAUUGUUCAAUGAAAAAUGCAUCUGAAAGCAUUACUCUAGUACUAUAGCUCUUGUCCCUUGUUGCCACAGGUGCUGGUGCCAUAAUGUCUAUAAUACUAGAAAUACU